AUGGCGAGCCGGCUGUGGAGGUGGUACGCGGACCGGCAGUUCCACAAGUGGGAGAAGACGGUGCUGUGGGACAUGGUGGAGCCCUACCGCCCGCCGCGCUCCUUCGCGCCGCUCGUCGGCACCUACGUCGCCGCCUUCUACACCGCCAUCGUCGGCGCCGCCGUCACCGAGCAGCUCUACAAGGAGAAGUACUGGGAGGAUCACCCGGGCGAGGCGGUGCCGAUCAUGCCGCCCAUGUUCUACUGGGGGCCAUGGAGGGUGGUGAACGGAGAGGUUCCCCGCUUCAUCCAGACGCCCGAGGAAGCUAAGCCGGCAUAG